UGAUUGUCAUAACAUUCACGUGAAAACAUUUCAUCGAAAUAAAGAAUCAAUGAACUGUGAUAAAAUGAGUGCAAAUAACGAUGAGUGCAAUAACGAGACUGAUAUUCUCAAUCAAAAGGACAGUCGUAGGAGAAACGUUGAUAAAUCUUUGUCUCAUGGAGAUAUUAACAAAACGAUAAACUGUAAUGAUGAAUAUACUAAUAAUGAAAACGAUGAGAAUGAUGCCAACUAUUCAAACUCUGAUUGCCAGAAGAAUAUUCUUAUGCCUAUGUCUUGUAUAUAUACAAGCAAUAUCAGGGAUUCUGAUGAUAAAAAUACAACUACUAAUGAGACUAAGAACUGCAGUCCAAAAUGUAAUUCACUGAAUAGCGUUGACUUAUUACGUGAUGCCCAUGAUGAAACUAUUACAACAAUACAUUCUAAUGAAGGAAGUGGUGGAAAUGACGAAACUGGAAUCUCUAUCCAAGAUUUCUUUACUGAAGAAUGUGAUAUGAUGCUUCCUGUAAUUGCAAUUUCAGAUAUUAACAGCAAUUUGUAUGGCGUAAAUGUGAUCAAUCAGAGAGAUAUUAAUACAGAAAGCGAAAACAUUGAAGUCUCAAUUUCUUCUGCAUAUAAUGGCUGUGCAUUUAACAAUGUGGACAAGUGUGUUAAGCGAUUGACAUUUAGCACUACUGAAGAACCAUCUGUAGAUGCAGGAAACGUAUGCGCGCUUCCUACUUGCCAAGAUAAUACUAACCCAGAAAUUGUCGAUGUUUCAAUAUCUAAUGAUAAUGAUAAUGAUGAAGAUGCAGAUUAUACACCUUCAGAACACAGUUCUUUAGACAGUGAAUCUCCACAAAACCACGCGCCAAUUGUUAACCAGACUACAACUUCUAUUUCAAGUUUUGAUACUUCAAACACGAAUGUUGUUGGUACAUCAGCAUGUAACGAUGAAGUCAUGUAUGUGGAAAACUCUAACACGAAAUCAAGGAAACGAUACUAUUGCACUUUUUGUAUGAAGCCACAAGCACAGCUUCCACGACAUUUAGAGACAGUACACCGUGACGAGCCGGAAGUGAAAAAGUUUGCCGUUUUGUCUAAAAAAGACCCAGAAAGGAAGAAAAUAAUAGAUGGCAUUCGAAAGGCUGGUACCUUCAAAUUUAACACGAACCCAGAAUUUAAUACUGGGCAAUUAAUUGUGUGUAGACGUCCAAAUAAAAAAGCCAAUAAGGCUGCUACAGAUUUCAUUGCCUGUGUAAAAUGUAAAGACUUUUUUGCAAAAAGUAGUAUUCGACAUCAUUCACGAGUUUGCAUUAAAAAGGAUUUUCGAAAAAAUAAGACUAUUAUGAUUAUGGGCAGGCAAAUUACAGGCAGAAUACAUCCACUUGCAAAUGAGACUUUAAGAAAAACGGUGUUUCCCGUUAUGCGAGAUGAUCUAGUAACACGUAUUAUAAGAUAUGACAAAUUACUGAUCUUAUAUGGUAACAAGUUGUGUGUGAAAUAUAAGGCGCAACACCAGCACGACAUGAUUCGUGCACGUCUACGUCUUCUUGGCCGUUUUCUAUUAGUACUGAAAGAGAUAAAUAAAAAGAUAGAAGAUUUUCAAUCGAUAUAUUAUCCCCAAAUAUACGAUGACUGCAUUUCUGCGAUUAACGAAGUUGCAGGAUAUGAUAAUGAGAAACAACUUUAUGCAACUCCUGCAGUAGCGGCUAACUUGUCAACUCUCAUUAAACAUAUAGGAAAUCUUCUUGUAAUGGAAUGCAUCAAAAAACAAGAUGAAGAGAAAAAGAAAUUAGUUAAAGACUUCUUAAAAUUAUUAGUAGUAGAUAUUGGUACCAGCGUAAAUAGGACUGUUUUCGAAACGCAAUCGGCGCAUAAAAGGCAUAAGAAAGUAAAUCUGCCGUCACUGGAAGAUAUUAAAAAAUUGCACUCAUAUUUGGUAAAAAGAAGGACUGAAGCUUAUGCGCAGAAGUGA